AUGGUGCCAGAGAAGUAUGUGCUGAUUGAUACAAGAGAUGUACCAGAAUGUAUUUACCAGAAAGAAGAAGAAGAAGAAGAAGAAGAAGAAGAAGAAGAAGAAGAAGAAAGUAAGAAGAAGCAGAUGAGGCAAAAAAAAGAGACGAAGAGAAGAAGAAGAACGAAGAAGAAGAAGAAGAAGAAGAAGAAGAAAGAAGAAAGAAGAAGAAGAAGAAAGAAGAAGAAGAAGAAGAAGAAGAAGAAGAAGAAACGAAAAAGAAGAAGAAGAAGAAAGAAGAAGAAGAAAGUAAGAAAGAAGCAGUUGAGGCAAAAGAAAGAGAAGAAGAAGAAAACGAAGAAAAAGGAAGAACAAGAAGAAGGUAAGGAAGAAGCAGAUGAGGAAAAAGAAGGAGAAGAAGAAGAACAAGAAAACGAAGAAAACGAAGAAAAAGAAAACAAGAAGAAAGUAAGGAAGAAGCAGAUGAGGCAAAAGAAAGAGAAGAAGAAGAAGAGAAAACGAAGAGAAAGAAGAACAAGAAGAAAGUAA